UGUGUUUGAUAAGCUAUAAAUGAUCACGAUUUCAUGCACUCUAAAGACGUGGAAACUGAUUUCAUUGAUAUUACAGGCGAACGCUGUUUCUCUGCGUUCAAGUUUAAUGGGAACAUAUGUUUUAUUCCUCUGCGGGUCAGCAAUCAAAAGUGAACCUCCGGUUGACAAAUGUGCGGGAUGGGGAGGAUCAGAUACGUCUAAAGUUGAUGCGCUCACCAUCAUAGGCUUUCUGGUGGCUUUCGGUGCAAUGGUGUUUGCAGUGUACUCAACAGGCAUCGAUUCCGAAUCAUUCAGGGUCAUAACAAAACAUAUACCAUGCAUACCUCAGAACAAAUAUGAUUAUGAUGAUGAUGAUGUUCCAUAUGGCUAUGGAUUCUUUCACCUUGUUUUUGCCACAGCCUCCAUGUAUUCGGCAAUGCUAUUUGUCAAUUGGAAUAUCCAUCACCCUUCGGAUAAAAAGUUUGCAAUUGAUUCUGGAUGGACUAGUACUUGGAUGAAGAUAGCAAAUGAGGUUUUUACAGCGAUUGUAUACGCAAUCGUUCUCUUUGCUGACAUUCGUGCUGGUGAUGGUUGAUUAUUUGUAAGUGGUGUUGUAUUUCAAGGAGGUAAUCUAAAUGACGUACAUUAUUCGAGAUGAAAGAGAAGCAAACGAUUUGCUCUAGACACACACACACAUAUAUAUAUAUAUAUAUAUGCUUUUUGGUUCAUUUAAUUUUUAGGGGGCGUCCUCAAACUUUACGGAUUUGACAAUGUUCUUUAUGGCCGGCGUGAAAGUUUCUUCAUAACUUUUUCAAUGUCGAGUAAAUGAAUUCAUAUACAGAUCUAUUG